GCAGCGGGAAGAACACGUCGCAGCACUAUAUUUUAGUUGUAAUUAUUGUAUCAAAAUUUAAAUUGAAAUUCUUACAAUAUUAAAAUGAAGAUCCUGCUGGCUUUAAUGCUGCUCCAGAGGUUAUUUCACAGCUACGCACAAGAGACCUUCGGAUAUUGUACAACUCCCACUGAUCAAAGUGGAACCUGCAUUAAUCUCAGGGAUUGCACAUAUCUGUUCGAAUUGGUGCAAAAGAAAACGUUGUCGUCAUCCGACCGCAGCCUCCUUCAAAAUAGCCAAUGCGGCUAUCGCAAUGGCCAGGUGCUGAUUUGCUGUGCCAACAGUCGCCGACUAAGCCAGCAACCCAUAUGGGGUCAAACCCAGCCACAACCCAAACCCCAACCACAGCCCCAGCCCCAGCCCAGACCGCAACCGACCAUGCCUACUAGACGCUCCGGGCUGCUGCCCCAGGUACCCAACUGCGGCGACAACUUUUCCGAUCGGGUGGUGGGGGGUGUGAAUACUAAUAUAAAUGAAUAUACCUGGUUGGCUCUCAUUGAGUAUACGAAAUCCAAUAACGAUAUUGGACACCAUUGUGGGGGCUCGCUGAUCAACAACCGUUAUGUGCUAACGGCGGCACAUUGCGUAUCCGCCAUACCCAGCGAUUGGCGGCUGACGGGCGUCCGCCUGGGCGAUUGGGACACUACAUCCAAUCCAGACUGUAUCACUGGGCGAAAUGGCAAAAGGGAUUGCAAUGACCCGUAUGUGGAUGUGGCUGUAUCAGAGAAGAUACCGCAUCCUCAGUACCCAGGAAAUUCGCGCGAUCAAUUGAAUGACAUUGCGUUGCUGCGUUUAAGUCGGGAAGUUGCCUUUACGAACUUCAUUUCACCUGUUUGUCUGCCGAUACUGCCGGAGCAACGGAAUACCGUAUUCCUGGGACGUAAAAUGUUUGUUGCAGGCUGGGGCCGCACCGAAACGAAUAGUACAUCGAAUAUUAAACUUAAAGCUGAACUGCAACCUGUGCCUACAGAAGACUGCAAUCGCCGCUAUCAGACCCAGCGACGCACUCUGACAUCGAGCCAAAUGUGCGCUGGUGGAGUGGAGGGCAUUGAUUCCUGCCGAGGUGACUCCGGUGGACCAUUGGUCAUGGAGGAGUCCGUCAAUGGUUACAGCAAUUUUUAUCUAACUGGCGUUGUCUCCUACGGACCCACACCUUGCGGCCUUGCCGGCUGGCCUGGCGUAUACACACUUGUAUCCGCAUACAUUGAUUGGAUUGAGGCCACGAUAAGAGCAUAAAAUUACAUAGCAAUAGACAAUUCAUGCGUUCAUAUAUUAGAUGUUCAAAAAUUGUGGAUUAUUAAACUAUUCGUAUACAUCAACACUUUGACAUUAAUAUAUAAAUUAAAAACAAAAACAGACUC